GCGGUCACACUGAACACAACUGCCGCAAUUUUGGUUUCUAAUUUCAUAAAAAAAAGGAAAUAAUUUUAUUCUUUUCAUUCAGAACAGAGCGUAAGGGACAGUUGCCCAGGAUGAGCGGGUGGUAUCUGCAGCACGUUACCACUGGCCGCCGCUACAUCCUGUACAACGGAGAUAAUUCGGUGGGUCGCCACUCGCGCUGCAGGAUUGUCCUAGGCGCAACCUACCAAUAUGUGUCUCGGGAACACGCGAAACUUAUCGUCAGCGACAAUGAAGUUAUAUUGGAGACGCUGAAUCCUCUGAACGGAAUCUUCGUUAAUAACGGCAAGCUGGGCUCAAAAAUCAGAAGGAUGGCAGUGGAGGAUGGCUGCACUAUUAGCCUAGGAGUUUCGGGCGUGGAUGUCAGUGAAAUAACAAGCCUUCAUGCUAUAUUUUACCUAAGGAAAAUGGCACCCAAUGUGGCGGAGGUCAUCAUCUCGUCCGACGAUGACGACACAACGCCGCUGCCCGCCGUGAAGUCCUCCUCGGGCAAGUUGCCCACCGAAUUCAACCUUAAUCAGCAAAUUCCCGAGAUGGGGAACAUUCAGAAUGAGGAGGAGCAGCCCUCAAGCUCCGGCUUGCAUCUUCCAAAAAUACCAGUUGUCAAGCAGGAGGCAUUAAAGGCCGCAACUGAAAAUAUUAAAACAAUCUUUGGCGAGGCCAACGAGGAUAUACUCCUUCCCAUUCUAGACAUUAAUCCAUAUCUUUUCAACGAGCUAAACAACAAGACCGUAGGUGUUGCAACCGCUCACUCAAAAAUUUUCGACGGCGACGUCAUUGAACUGGAUACAGAUGUAAAUAAGGAGCAGCCGGAUUCGGAAAGGCAACAGCAAAUCGACAGUGGAUUGGCACCGCCAAAACAAAUCGACGUUAUUGAAUUGGAAAUGGGUGCAAAUAAAGAAAAUUCAGAGUCGGAAAAGCCGCAGCAAGCCGCCGAGGCCUUGCCGCGUGAAGAAAUCGGUGAGGAGGAGCUCGAAGAGAACUAUGCCCAUUCUCAGGCUGUAUAUAUGGAAAUGAAAACUGAAAUGGCCUAUGGCGAUGAGGAAGAGGACUUCCUUAACAAUAAUGGCCUUGAUGACGUAGCACAAGGGUCCCCCUCGGGCUCUGCUUACGAUGACGACGUCGUCAUCAACAUCAGUGAUUCUGAUGACGAUGAGCUGUACGAUAAGGUGGCCGACUGGUCCAAGCUUCUCAGUCAAAAUGUGGUUCCAGAUGUGCACCAAUUGUCCCAGGCAUACCCGAUGCAGGAGGAAGAAGAUUCAGACUCGGAUCGGGAUGUUGGAAACAAGUUGCCAAGGGCUCUACGCAUAAUCUCCUCUAGUGAGGAUGAGUCUGGCGACGAGGUCAUGUCUUCGAACGAUCACGUUGUGCGCCAAGCCGACAGCACGACUUCAGAUCACCCGAUUCGAGAUUUCUCGGUGCGCGUAAAAAAAUACAAAUUUAACGACGAUGUUAGCUCCACUGAAAGAGUUGAACCCAUUUCGGAGAAUGAUAAACCAAAGCCCAAAUCUUGCCUAAAAACUUUGACUAAGGAAGCUGUUAAUGACAAUGAUAAAAUGGAGGAAACUGGGUCGUCAUCCAAAGAUGAAGCGGAUCCAUCUACAAGACUACUCGACAACCGCUCAAAGUCCAGUAACAUGGAACGAACUGAGAAAUCGGAUGAGCCACUAACCAACAACGAAACGGAAAAUUUAAAAGAGAAUACUCGCGACAUGGAAACUGUUGAUAACCGUGAGGAAUUGGUGGUAAUACUUGAAGCUCCUAAGACUCCAGAAAAUAUUGAAAAGCCUAAAAGAAAUUAUAAAAAAAGGACAACCAAAGAAAAAACUGAGCCAAUCAAAAAACCACUUCGCAGCCGUUCAAAGUCCUGUUACUUUGACCGACCAGUGAAGGAAGAACCAAAAGACAACAAAAAAAAAGAAUCUCCAGAGGAAUCUAAAAAACCCGAUAAAAAGGAAGCAGAUGUAAACAAAUCUUCGAUACGCCACAGACGCAAGACAAUAAAUAACCGAGAAGAAUUUGAAGCCAUUGUUGAGGAAACCCAUCGUUAUACGCCGACGAAGCCUAAUUUAACUAACCCGGUAAAUGGUGAACUUCCCAGUUCAUCGAAAAGCCCUGCCAAAAGAAGCCCUCGUCUGCUUAACCGUUCAAAAUCAUGCUGUGUGGAUAGUCUUCUCACAGCCAAUGAGAUUACGCCAACGAAAAGCGAUACCUCUACAAGAGUUCAGAACUCGAGUGAAGCUAGAUUGACACGCGGACCAUCCGUUAUUGAGGCUCCAUGCUUACCCAGCCAUCGUGGAAAGUUGCGAGGGGUUUCGGCAGAGGUUAAGAGAACAAAUAAAGAUAUGCAAAAGGUGAUUGAGCGGCAGCAAUACCUUAAUAACCUGGAUGCACUGAAGAGCAAGUGGAUUCAGAAACCAAAAGACAAAAAAAAAGAAGAUGAGCAAAUAAGGGAUAAACGGCGCGAAGCCCUAAAAAAGUUAUCUGGUAAACCGAAGGAAAAUGAUAAUAUCCCCAGUACCAGCAAGAGGAAGCAAUCUACAAGUGUACCUACCGUGCAGCACUCCAAUCGCGGCGAGUUCCUUACCAAGGGAGUUGAAGGGCCACCGGCUAAAGUAGCCAAAAAGGACGAGGCUAAGCCGACGUUGAAAAAACCAGUUUCCAAUCGCCGUCACAGCAUUGAAUCCUUCUCCCAACAGCUCCAGGCAGCCGAUGGAGCCGUUCAUCACCCUCAACCACUUUGCCCCCGCCCCGCCGAGCGUAAGGAGGCUUGUCAGGCGCGGAACCAACGCACCUGCAACAAAGUAACCUUUGCCGAAAUGGAGCUUUACCGUCAAAAUGACGAGGAUCUCAAGCGGCUUGCUAAGAAACGAAGAAAAGUGCAUUUCAAUGACAACGUGACAAUACACAUUAUCGAUAAGGUAACCGGGGCCAGUGCUCGGGUGAAGGGUCGCAAGGAAAGCAUGAAGCUCAACCUCAGUUCAUAUCGCGAGCGCCGCGAAUGGUUUUGCAAGGGAAACAAACGAGUGAACGACAUACGACAGCACUCGCGAAGCAUCCUGGAAUGGGCUAACCAGUGGCUAAAGCAUGGCAGCGUUGAUGCGGUGGCCGAUAGAGAAGUCCUUUUGCCAAUCCCAAGUGAUUUUAAAUGUUUCAGGCAAUACUUGAACACCCUUGUACCGUUGAUGAAACUGGAGCUGCUCACAACUAUCGAAAGGGACUACAAAGUAAACGCCAAAAAUAGUUUUUCGGUCGGCCUAAAGACCGUUUCUUCCCAGGAUAACUGCUACCGCUUGGUAUGCAGAGUGAAUAGCAAGCCUUUUGGCAAAUUUGUAUUAUACACCCUUUCAAGUGGUACCCAACUGAACGAGACCUUUGCCAGUCUAGUGGACUUAAAAUGUGUGGGUGGCAACGUUUUUGACUUGACGUUUGAUAUUAUUAAGCAGGAUAUAUCUGAUGAGACGAUCAACAGCCUGAAGCAGUUGACCGCCCGUCCAGUGGUGGAUAGUCUUAGGGUCGAGUUAGGGGCUUUGAGUGCUGUCCAUCAGCUCUAUCGAUCGCCGCUCUGUCGUCGCAUCCUAAAGCCCACGCAAACGGUGAAUGAAGUUUCGCUUCCUAAACAGCCGUUUGUUUUUAAGGGAUGCAACAAGCUGAACGAACACCAGGAGCACAUUAUCAUUCGCACUUACCAGCGGGUUAUUGACGAUCUACAGCCCAGUCUCACCCUCAUUCAAGGUCCACCCGGAACGGGCAAGUCAAAGGUUAUUUCCGAAUUAUGUUUGCAGACUCUAUACGGAGUAGCCGCCAAACAGCUGGACCGCAAAAUCUUGAUUUGUGCUCAUUCCAACACUGCCGUGGAUCAUAUUGUUGGAAUGCUAGGUCGCGUAUUACGCCUUAUGAGCCACGACCACUUUCAAUUGCUGCGUUUCGGGAUGCACGAUAAGAUGACCCAUUAUUCGCAACCCUUCUCGCUGGAGGAGCAUUUCAAAAGACACAAGAAUAAGAAGGUUGAGCGACUUGGUGCGGAGAAUAUUGAAAUCCUAAAAAAGCAGCGCACCGAUUUAGAGGCGGAUAUCCUUCGGUUGAAGCAGAACCCGAAGCUGACAGGAACAUAUCUGCAGCAACAGUUGCACCAAAAAGAGCGACAGCUGCAGCUGAUCAACGAGCAGCUAAAUCCUGUGCUCACGCAGCGCGAGGAGUUCCAGAUCUCUCAAUCAAUUAUUAGUCAUGCCAAUAUCAUCUGCACAACGCUUUCAUCGUGCGUGAAGCUAGCCAACUAUGUGGACUUCUUCGACAUCUGCAUCAUUGACGAGGCCACCCAAUGCACUGAGCCCUGGACACUGCUGCCCAUGAGAUUCAGUCUUACCCACCUGGUUUUGGUAGGCGACACCCAACAACUGCCGGCGGUGGUGCUUUCCAAAAAAGCUACAGAAUAUGGCCUUUCCAAUUCGAUGUUUGAUCGCAUUCAGAGGAGCCUAGAUAAACAGCUAGAUAUGCCGGGUGGAAAUCAGUUCGUGCACACGAAAAUCUUCAAGUUAAGCGUGCAGUACCGCAUGCACCCGGAAAUUUGCCGUUGGCCAAAUAAGUACUUCUACGAGGAUCAGUUGGUGAAUGGUAAUGGCACCGAGCGUUUGGCUUCCCCGCUGAUACCCUACUGUGUAAUCAACCUGAGUUACACCCAAGAUAGCAGCGGUGCUCAGAAUAAAAGUAUUUGCAACGACGAGGAGGCGCGCUUUGUGGCGAAACUCCUGACGGAGAUGGACAAGUAUAUGCCCACCAAUCGCUACAGCUACGGCUUGAUUUCACCGUAUCAAAGCCAGUGCAUGGCCUUGAGUCAGGUGAUUCCGGAUCAUAUGCAACUUACGCCACAAACGGUGGACUCGUAUCAGGGUUUGGAAAAGGAUGUGGUCAUCAUCUCCAAUGCGAGGACACGCGGCUGCGGCUUCCUCACUAACUAUCAGCGUCUUAAUGUAGCGCUAACUAGACCCCGUCGUUGUCUGGUAAUAUGUGGCAACUUUCAAGAUCUAAAGACUGUGGACAUGUGGCGUCAGUUACUCGACGACGCUCGCCAGCGGAAGGUUUACUUUGAUUUGGAGCGCGCACAUGUGGACGACCUUCAAACCUCACUGAUUAAGAAGAUGAUGGUGAAACAAACUGAAGUUCUCUAGGGGAAAUCAACUAGCCCCAGCCGUUACAAAGUUGAAGUGAUUUUAUUGAAUAUUUAGCUUUAAGGGACCACACCAAGUUGAAAUUGGGAAAAGAGCUUCCUUUUAUGAAAUAGUGAACGAAAUUCGUUAAUUUUUUUUAUAUUCAUUCAUUUUCGUAUAUUUAACAUAGACACUUUAAGAUUUUUAAAUUGAAAUCUUUGUACACUUUGUUCAUUAAAACACCCCAAACUGCA